AUGUCUUUUGUCCGUACGAAAACCGCCGAGUCGGACUCGCUAGUCAGCUGCGACGGUGCCAGAACUACAAAAUGGCAUACCCCUCGCUCUGGCAACAGCGUCUUGGAGAUCCAGACAUAUCCAGACUCCUCAAAGAUCACAAAAUCCCAACAUGAUCAACUGGGUAAAUCAGUCCUUAAUUUACCUGUUAUUGCGACUAACAUCAACUUCUGA